UCAAGAUGCCUGUCUGUAAUUACGCCUGAAGUAGCUCUACAUAUUCACCAGAUGGCGCAUUGUGUCAAAGAGGAGACGCUCCUAAGAGGACCAUGCUCAUCAGUUUAACAGAGGAGCUGAAGACGCGGUGAAGCUGCUUCCUCUCAUCACUGACCUGCUCCACUGACUGGACGGCACGCGCCCUUGAGUCGCGCGCUACUGGUGGGCUGUGCGCCGUCACGAGCUGAAGGUGUCAUGAAACGAAGAAAACUGAGUUGCGGAGGAGAACAGCUCUGUUUAUAAGAGCGCGUAUGGGAACAUAUAGGAGAACCCGGAUUAAUAGCUCACUCGACUGAAAAUGGCCAGAAACACAUCUCUUUAUUUUCGAAUUGUCGAGGGCAGGAACCUCCCGGCCAAAGACGUAUCCGGAACCAGCGAUCCAUACUGCAUAGUGAAAGUUGACAAUGAAGUUGUGGCCAGGACGGCCACAGUGUGGAAGAACCUUAAUCCUUUCUGGGGUGAAGAGUACACGUUGCACCUCCCAAUGGGGUUCCAUUCGCUCUCGUUCCAUGUCAUGGACGAGGACACGAUUGGACACGAUGAUGUUAUUGGAAAGAUUACACUGAGCAAAGACGCCAUCGGAUCUCAGGCUAAAGGGUUGGAUAGUUGGUUGAACCUGACUAGGGUCGACCCUGAUGAAGAAGUCCAAGGAGAGAUCCAUCUGAGUCUGGCGCUGCUGAAAGAUGCAGAAAAAUUCAGCCUACGUUGUCGAGUCAUUGAAGCCAGAGACUUGGCUCCAAGAGACAUUUCUGGAACCUCUGAUCCCUUUGCAAGAGUUCUUUUCAACAACCACAGUGCAGAGACCUCGAUCAUCAAGAAGACCCGUUUCCCUCACUGGGGAGAGACCCUGGAGCUGGAGUUGGAUCCAGAGGAGCUGAGCGAGGACAAUGCUGUUACUGUGGAGGUGUGGGACUGGGAUAUGGUGGGCAAGAAUGACUUUCUGGGAAAGGUGGAAAUCCCUUUUGCUUGUUUGCACAAGACACCUCUGUUAGAGGGCUGGUUUCGUUUGCUACCCUUGGGAAACAAUGAGGUCGACACUGGCGGUAAACUGGGAGCGCUGCGUCUGAAGGUGCGCUUGGUGGAGGAUCGGAUCUUGCCGUCGAUGUACUAUCAGCCCCUCAUUGACCUUCUAGUUGAGUCGGUAAUCUCCCCUGCAGAGGUGGAGGAUAGCAGUGCUCUGACCAUGCUGGAGGACGUGACCACAGUCGAGAGCAGGCAGGAUGUGGCGAUGACUCUGGUGAAGAUUUACCUGGGACAAGGCCUGGUGGUGCCCUUCCUGGAUUACCUUAAUACCCGGGAGGUCAACCACACUACUGAUCCAAACACUUUAUUUCGCUCCAACUCACUCGCCUCCAAAGCCAUGGAACAGUUCAUGAAGGCUGUUGGCAUGCUGUAUCUGCACGAGGUACUGAAACCCAUCAUCAAUCGCAUCUUUGAUGAGAAGAAGUACAUUGAGUUGGACCCAUGCAAGAUUGACUUGAACCGCACAAGACGAAUUUCAUUUAAGGGUGCAGUGUCAGAGGCAGAGGUGCGGGACAGCAGUGUGGAGAUGCUGCAGAGCUAUUUAACCAGCAUCAUUGAAUCAAUCGUGGGCUCGGUCGAUCAGUGUCCUCCUGUCAUGAGAGUGGCCUUCAAACAGCUGCACAAGAGAGUAGAGGAGCAAUUUACUGAGCCUGAGAAUGAGGAUGUAAAGUACCUGGCCAUCAGUGGAUUCUUCUUCCUGCGUUUCUUUGCUCCUGCAAUCCUCACGCCUAAACUGUUCCAGCUGAGAGACCAGCAUGCUGACACACGUACAAGCAGAACGCUGUUACUACUGGCCAAGGCACUACAAAGUGUCGGCAACUUGGGGCUCCAGCUGGGUCACGGAAAGGAGCAGUGGAUGGCGCCCCUUCACCCCAUCAUCCUGCGCAGUGUGGCCUCUGUCAAGGACUUCCUGGACAAGUUAAUCGACAUAGAUCAUGAUGUUGUGUCUGAAGUGCCUCAGAGGGCUGUAUUCAUGCCUUCAGUCACAGUCAAAGAGGGUUACCUCAACAAACACAAAGCAGAGGGACCCCAACUUCUGUCCCGCUUUGCCUUCAAGAAACGCUACUUCUGGCUGACAAGUGAGACGCUCUCUUAUGCCAAGACUCCUGAUUGGCAGGUGCGCUCUUCAAUCCCUAUUCAGUGUGUGUGUGCUGUGGAGAGGGUGGAUGAAAAUGCCUUUCAGCAGCAGAAUGUAAUGCAGGUCAUCACCCAGGACAACGAUGGACAGCUGCACACCAUGUACAUCCAGUGCAAGAAUGUGAAUGAACUAAACCAGUGGCUGUCUGCGAUCAGGAAAGUCAGCAUCGACAAUGAGCGCAUGCUGCCCUCUUUCCACCCGGGGGCUCAUCGCAGUGGCAAGUGGACCUGCUGCCUGCAGGCAGACCGUGCUGUUACAGGCUGCAGUAGAACCCACUCAGCUGUGACUCUGGGUGACUGGAGCGACCCGCUGGAUCCUGAUGUAGAGACUCAGACGAUAUACAAGCAGCUUCUCCAGGGCAGAGAUAAACUCAGGAAAAAAUAUGUGGAGGUGCCAGAUGUUGAUCAGACAUCGAGCAAUAAGGAAAAGAAGAUCAACUCUGACAUUCAUCCAGAUGGCGCCGAAUGCAACGCUCAGCUGACGAAGCCAGGUCAAAGUGUUGCUGCUCGACUGCUGGCGGUGAUAGAGGACCUGGAGCAGGCUCACACCACCUUCCAGCGCCGAGAGAAAGAGGACGCCACCAGUGUCAUUCUGAAGCCCUAGACUACACACGGACUGGGAUCCAUUAAUGCCCAGAGGGUGGGGGGUUGUGGGGUGGGUCGGGGCGUCCUGUACCAACAUCAUCAGCUAUUCCACUCUCCUGAUUGCCAGGAGGAAAAUGUGGCUGCACAGUACAACCUCUUCCAGCCUUUUACUACUUUCCCCCGCUGGCUGUAAAGAGCGGAGGGAAUUCUGCCACUUGUAAUCUUUUUGUAUUCUCUGAGUGCCACCGUCAACAGUGCCGGGGAGAGAUUAUGAAACUUGACGAUAAAGGGGCGCAAGGGACUUUGAAGCAUGAUCUGACUUUGAUAUUUUUUUUGUAGAUAACAAGCAAUCUGUUGCAUGGCCUGCAUCCACUUGUUGUGAAAUGUGAAAAGGAGCUUUUAUAUUUUGAGAUAUAUAUAUAUAUAUAUAUAUAUAUAAAGGACCUCAGUCACACAUUUUUAUGCAAAGAGCUUGUUGUAGUGUAAUCUACAGUACCUGAAGGUGAGGUGUUUUGAUACUGCUGUUAUCAACGUUUUGUAUUUUUUCUUUGAGGCAAUUUAUCACCAUGGCAGCAAUGUAGCAGUGACAUUAACAUUCCAAGUUUCUCCACCGUGAGAUUAUGAAAUGGUGGUGCACAUGCCACAGUAUAACACUGCCUUUUAAAGUGAGCAAAAUGAAUAUUAUGUUAUAUGUUGCUUUGGUCCCUUUAUACAAAACAAUGUGCUUUUGUUUGGUGCUAUGGCCAGCCAACUUAAAUGUUUGGUUCUGAUGUAAAUUGCAUAUUUAAAAUGUCCUGUUGUAGCCAUUCCUGAAGUCAUAUAGGUAAUAUUUACCUGUUAUUUGUAUAAUGUUCAUAUGUACAGAGAGUCAAUCUUCAAUAUAGUUGAGACAGCAGAAGUAACAAAAUAUAUGAAAUACUCCCAUUUGACUUUUCUUGAUAAUUUGGUGCCACUAGAUUUGGCUCACAAGUGUCAGGGUGGGUUUAAGAUGCCAAAUUUGCUUUUAAAAAUGUUAUUUAAAGCUUUGAAAUCAGUCAGUUUUCUUUAGUUAUCCAUUAGACACACAAACAAGCUGAAAAAUGUUCCCCGUUGAGCAAGUGUUGUUCAGUAUCUGUCCCUUAAACAGAGAAGGGCAGUGAUUGUAAUGAAAUCAGAUCUGUAAUCUCUGAGAUAACCUCAGCAGGUCGCUCUGCCUCUGGAGCUGUUUAGAUCUUAUUCUGGUUCAACUGUGUGGAAUAAACUACAGCACACAUGCCAAUAAUUUAACAAUGAACACGCUACUUUGAUCCAGUUAUUAUACACUACCGUUCAAAAGUUUGGGGUCAUCCAGACAAUUUCAUGUUUUCCAUGAAAACUCACACUUCUAUUCAUGUGCUAACAUAACUGCACAAGGGUUUUCUAAUAAUCAGUUAGCCUUUCAACACCAUUAGCUAACACAAUGUAGCAUUAGAACACAGGAGUGAUGGUUGCUGGAAAUGUUCCUCUGUACCCCUGUGGAGAUAUUCCAUUAAAAAUCAGCCGUUUCCAGCUAGAAUAGUCAUUUACCACAUUAACAAUAUCUAGACUGUAGUUCUGAUUAAUUUAAUGUUAUCUUCAUUGAAAAAAAACUGCUUUUCUUUCAAAAAUAAGGACAUUUCUAAGUGACCCCAUACUUUUGAACAGUAGUCUGUUUUGAUAUUUGCAGCUUUUCAAAAUUCAUUGAUUUGCCACUUGAGUCUUUUCAGAGUGAACAUCACUGACUUGUGAACUUCAUGUUCUCUAAAUGAGGACUCAUGUUGUGAAAAGAACAAAAAAACACACUGCCUGUACCUUAUUUUGCAAAUUCACCAUAAUGGUUUGUUCCAAGUGGAUUGUUACUGUGAACACAGCUGUAUUAUUCAAUAAACUUUUAAUUCAG